AUGACGGUUUCGAGUGCCCCUCACGGCGGUCCUGUCGUCGUCCUGACGUCGACGCGUACCGUUCUCACGCUCCCAGACGACACGCUCCUCCUCGCCCCUGCAACCAUCCUUAUCUCACUGGCCACGGGGAAGAUCGUGUCGGUAGCCCCAGAGGUCCUCCCUAGGAACCUGUUUCCGCCAGACACCCUGUAUCAGGAUUACAGUCCCAGACUCCUACUCCCGGGUUUGGUCGACGCCCAUGUCCAUCUUAACGAACCGGGCCGCACAGAAUGGGAGGGCUUCAACACGGGCACCAAGGCUGCGGCUUCCGGCGGUGUCACCACUGUCGUUGAUAUGCCCCUGAACGCCAUUCCUCCCACCACCACUCUCAUGGGCUUCAAGGAAAAGCUCGCUGCUAGCCAGGGGCAGUGCUGGGUCGACGUUGGCUUUUACGGCGGUGUCGUCCCGGGCAACGCCGAUGAGUUGCUACCUCUGGUGGGGGCCGGUGUCCGUGGCUUCAAAGGUUUUCUCAUCGACUCGGGUGUCGAUGAGUUCCCCGCUGUGUCGGCAAAGGACAUUGCACUUGCAAUGACGACCCUCAAGGACACGCCCACCACGUUGAUGUUUCACGCCGAAAUGCUUCCUCCCGUUGCCGCCUCAGUUGGAGACACAGUCCAGCAGUCGGACCCACCAGCACAGCCUACCGGUGAGCUCGACAGCUACAGCACCUUCUUGGACUCCCGCCCUCCCGUGUUCGAGACAUGCGCCGUAGAGGAGAUAUUGUCGAUGGCUCACCUCGCACCGCAACUCCACCUGCACAUCGUGCAUCUCUCAGCGACAGAGUGCGUCCCGAUCCUGCGCAAGGCGCGCCAGGACGGCAUCAACAUCACGGCCGAGACGUGUUUCCACUACCUCGGCCUCGCGUCGGACAACAUCCCGGAUGGCGACACCAGGCACAAGUGCUGCCCGCCGAUCCGCUCGCAGACGAAUCAGGACAAGCUGUGGGAUGAACUUGCCGAUCCGAAUGGCUGCAUCAAGACCAUCGUCUCGGACCACUCCCCCUGCACGCCUGAACUCAAGCUGCUGCCGUCGCACCUUCAGACCAUCUACCAGGAUGGACCACGGCCAGCGAUACGGCACUUCGAUUCCGGUAUCGACAUGACACCGCCCGAAGGGGAACAACAAAAGGAGGAGGCGGCAGCCAUUGAUUCUGGCAUCAGCGUGACGACGCUGGAAACGGAGCAAAGGAAGGAGAAAGGGGAGGAGGCACUGUCCACCAACCCCUCCAUCAACGCGUCGGCACUACCGAAUGGGGAGCAGAAGAGACCGGCCCUCACGGCGGAUUCAGCUGUGGACGUGACACUGUCACAGCAAGAACAGAAAGCGAUUUCUUCGCCGCCUGGGGCGGCAUCUCGUCACGUUGGUCUCGGCCUGCCGAUCCUGCACACCACAGCGGCGGAGCGGGCGGCGCGCGGGGACGCGGCGCCGGGCAUCCUCGACAUCGUGCGCAUGUGCAGCCAGGCGACGGCGCGGCAGGUGGGGCUGGCGCACCGCAAGGGCGGCCUGCGCGCGGGCAUGGACGCCGACGUGUGCGUCUUUGACGACGCCGACGUCUGGACCCUGCGCGCCGGCGACAUGCGCUGGAAGAACCGCGUCUCGCCCUGGGAGGGCCACACCUUCCAGGGGCGGGUCCAUGAGACGUGGGUGCGUGGCCAAAGGGUGUUCCAGCUGGGCGGGGAGAAUGCCGGCUUUGUGGGGGGGUUGCCGGUGGGGGAGGCGAUCGUGGAGAGGAGGACGGAGUAG